GAAAAAUAAAAAUUUAAAAAUGAGUGAGAAAACAUCUUUAUCUUUUAAUGAUUUAUCAAUCACUGGUGAUUCUUGUUGUUCUACUUCUUGUAUGUUAGAAGAUUUCAAUCAACGUUUACAAAAUUUGGAGGAAAUUUUGAAUGAGAAAAAUAAAAAUGUUAAGAAAGAAGGUAAUUUUGAAGAAGAUGAGAAGGAAAUUAAAGAAUUAAAUAAUGAAUUGACAAAAAAUAAAGAUUUAGUAUCUCAAUUAGAAAUUGAAAAAUCAGCAAAUGAGAAAGAAUUUAAUUUGCUUUUAGUACAAGUUCAGCAAAUGUUUUUGGAGAAUUCGACAAUUAAAAUUAUUACAGAACAACCAAAAAUUUCACUUGCCGACAAACUUGCUUUAUUAAAUAGAGAAUUUAAGAAAAUUAAUGAAGAAAAUAAUAAAGUGCAUUUUGUGCCUAUUCCGAAUAAAAUAGAUACUUCUGAUUAUCCUUUUACAAUCAGCUUGUUUAGCGUUGAAAACGACACAAUUAAUUAUAACGGGAAGGAAGAUGAAGGUUUUAAAGAGAAAAAUUAUAUUUGUACUGCUUAUGGGCAAAGUUCAUUUAGCAAAGAAUUGGGUUGUUGUCGUCGUAUUUUGUUUUAUUUUGAAAUAACUAUGAUUAAAGAAUGGGCUUAUAAAGUUGGUUAUGUAGCAAUUGGCUUUAAUGAUGUUAAUGCAAAGAUUUAUUUGUCUAAUGAUAACUGCCAAUAUUUAAAAACUAAAAGAACAUAUUAUCAAAAAUUUCAUUGGAAAGAUGGUGAUACUUUUGGUUGUGGAGUUGUUUUUCCGCCAAAUAAAGAAUCUUCUGAAUCUUAUGUGUUUUUUACUAAAAAUGGGAAUAGAAUUGGUAGUCGAAUUUUCUUGAAAGAAAAUGACAAUAAUUUGCGUCCAACUAUUGAGCUUAAACAGAUUUCUGUUGAAACUAAUUUUGGAAAUAAUCUUUCUGCUAAACCAUUUUCAUAUGAUGUUUAUAAUCAUUCUGAAGCGAUUUUUUCGCAUUAUUGA